GGGGCAGGUAUCAGGAGUUUAUAGGGGGAGUUGCUUUUGUUGCGCACGGGUUUCCCCCAAACCUUUGCGUGGGUCCCGCGCCAGGAGUUCGGCAUUGUGGCCCGGUCUUCUGUCCGCUUGUUCUUGGAAACAGCGUCACGCAGCAGCUGACAGAGGCUUAACAUUUCAAACGUCUGGCGGCAGGCUACAAAGUUUCCACCCUAAAAACGCCGUCAUGUAGCAGCAGCGGCAGGCUGAAGCGGGACAUCACAUGCACGGCUUGGUGUUCAGUAGGAAGUAGUUUGCUGUUCACUUUGCACAGCUUCUCUAAACCCCGAGUCACACUCCUAGUGCGUCGUUUUAGCUUCUGUUUGAUUGACGGUGGUUUAUUUCGGUUAGGAGAACCUGUUGCAGUAAGCCUGUUCGUGUUAUGCUGAAGGUGCAGCAGAGCUGAGAUUCUCUUAAUGUCUUCGUUGUACGUAUUUCUGUUUCAAAUGCGUGCCUGAAACGCCAUCACUGUUGUCAGCUCUACUGACUUUGUAGGACAUUUUUAUGGCAAUGGAUUAUAUCUUUAGAGUAAUUAUAAUUUAAUAAGCAACCACGACAGUCACGUUUGAUCAGAUGCAUUUUAAGUUAAAACCCUUUUUCACCUUUUGCGUAAAAGUCUGCUCAGUGACAGCAGCAACAUUGCGCAUCACGGAUUAAAAGUAGGAUUCCGGUACUGUCAUAGAUGUCCACUCAGCCGGAAGGAGGCCUGCAGCUGGAGACCACAGCAAAACUUGGUGUGCUAAAAUCGGAGGAAGUUGUUGACGUGACAAGUCCUGACGGAUGCGCUGGGCAGCGCGGCUGCCCCGGGGACGCAGGGGACAGCAAAGUGUCCCUGUCUCCAGAGAGCCAUCAGCAGAAACCACGCAAGAUGACCCGGAGCCCCAAAUGCGCCCGCUGUCGGAACCACGGCGUCGUCUCGUGUCUGAAAGGCCACAAACGCUUCUGCCGCUGGAGGGACUGUCGCUGCGCCUGCUGCCUGCUGGUGGUGGAGCGGCAGCGCGUCAUGGCAGCGCAGGUCGCGCUGAGGCGGCAGCAAGCUGCGGAGGGUAAAAGGGGGGUCAGGUGUGCAGCUCCUUUGCGGAGGACGGCGUAUCAGCGUUACGCCAGAGCAGCCGAGCCGAACAUCCUGGCUAAGAGCAUCCUGCAGGGGCCCAAACUGGUGGUGCCGCUGGAGGACGACACCUCCUGCUGGUCAAAGCAGACUCAGCGUGACCAAACACACAUUACGUGUCCUUCCAUCAGCGCCCGGAUGAGGAAGAGGCGAGCCUUCGCCGACAAGGAGCUGGAAAACGUGAUGCUAGAGCGGGAGAUGAGACAGAGAGAGCUGCAAAGUGACCUCUCCUCCUCCACCCUCAUCCCCAUGCUUCACCCUCCUCCCCUGCCUGUCUCUCCUGGCCUCCACUGCUGUCUUCUCAACAAGGACCCCACCACUGCAGGAGUAUCCACUUAUGUACCCUUGUAUAAAUAUAAGCCCUUUUAUGAGUGUGACUUCCGCUUCUAUCAGUUCUUCCACCUAAAGAGCGGCUCCUCUGCAGAAGGUGACUAUAAUGACUUCUUAUGCCAAAGCUUAGAGCAAACCAGGGAGGAUGAGGGGGUGCAGAACAGCUGGAGACGCUGUGAGAAGGAAGACGGCGGAGAGCUAAUACCUCAACCAUCGCAACAAAGACUCAGGCAUCUUGGCAGCACCUUGUCAGAUCUGGACCCUGUCAAAUCCCACUUAGAACCAGCAGAAAUAAUGGACUCAAAUGGCUCUUCAGCCGUCACACGCUCUAUUUCUGGAUCAGAUCUGGGUAUCCUGGGCGGGCCAGAUGUCGGUGCACCCAGCAGGACUUUUGAUCCCAGACUUCUGACAGCUAAGGGCUUGUGCGGAAACACUCCUGCCGACCAGGCAGGUGCUCAUGCAGACUCUGUCAAGAGCCCUCGUGGCAGCUCAGUCCGGACUCCUGCUGUGAGGCCAUUACCUUUCUCUGUGGAGGCUCUGUUGAGGGCCUGACAGGCAAAUGGAAAGUGAUGAAGUGCACUUUGUUUAUGUGCAGACUAAGAGCUGAUGUUUAGUGAAUAAAUAUAAAAACGGUUAGGUGUAUUACAAGUGAAAUAUUUAAGGAAAUAACAUGAAUUAAACUCUUUGUAUUUUCUUUCUUAUUUUUCAUCAAAAGGUAUUCAGCUAUAUUUUAAAUAUAAUUAAAAAUAUAACAACCAGG